AUGUACAGACUCGGUCGUAGCCGCGCAUUGGCGUCGGCCUUUGCCACGCCCAAGGCUUCUCCCUCCACCAGACUCCAGAGCAUCGCCCAACAACAAAGGAGAGCCCUGAGCAUUCACGAGUACCGUUCGGCCGACCUCCUUCGCCAGUAUGGAAUCGACCUUCCCAAGGGUUCCGUCGCAACGACAGCCGCCGAGGCUGAGGCGGUUGCCAAGAGCAUCGGCACCGACGACAUGGUGAUCAAGGCCCAGGUGCUCGCCGGUGGCCGUGGCAAGGGCAGCUUCGACAACGGGCUCAAGGGUGGUGUGCGCGUCAUCUACUCGCCGACCGAGGCCAAGAUGUUUGCCGACCAGAUGAUCGGCCAUAAGCUUAUCACCAAGCAGACCGGCGCUGCCGGGCGUCUGUGCAACGCCGUGUACAUCUGCGAGCGCAAGUUUGCCCGCCGCGAGUUCUACCUGGCCAUCCUCAUGGACCGUGGCUCGCAGAGCCCCGUCAUCGUGUCCUCGUCGCAGGGCGGCAUGGACAUUGAGGGGGUCGCUAAGGAGAACCCGGAGGCCAUCACCACCACCUACAUCGACAUCAACGUCGGCGUGACCGACGAGGUCGCCCGCGGCAUCGCCACCAAGCUCGGCUUCAGCGAGCAGUGCAUCGAGGACGCUAAGGAUACCAUCAAGAACCUGUACAAGAUCUUCCUCGAGAAGGACGCGACCCAGAUCGAGAUCAACCCGCUUUCCGAGACGUCGGACCACAAGGUCAUGUGCAUGGACGCCAAGUUCGGCUUCGACGACAACGCCGAUUUCCGCCAGAAGGAGGUCUUCAGCUGGCGCGACACCACGCAGGAGGAUGCGGAGGAGGUGCGGGCCGCCCAGUCCGGGCUCAACUUCAUCAAGUUGGACGGUGACAUUGGCUGCCUGGUCAACGGCGCUGGUCUGGCCAUGGCCACCAUGGACAUCAUCAAACUCAACGGCGGGCAGCCGGCCAACUUCCUCGACGUCGGUGGUGGUGCGACCCCGGCCGCUAUCAAGGAGGCGUUUGAGCUCAUCACCAGCGACCCCAAGGUCACGGCCAUCUUUGUCAACAUCUUUGGUGGUAUCGUGCGCUGCGAUGCCAUCGCCCACGGUCUGAUCAACACCGUCAAGACCCUUGACCUCAAGAUCCCCAUCAUUGCCCGUCUCCAGGGCACCAACAUGGAGCAGGCCCACCAGCUCAUCAGCGACUCGGGCAUGAAGAUCUUCUCGAUUGAUGACCUGCAGAACGCCGCCGAGCGUGCCGUUCAGCUGUCCAAGGUUGUCAAGUUGGCUCGCGAUAUUGACGUCGGUGUUGAGUUCACCCUGGGCAUCUAA